UUUCAGUUUAUACAAGUAUGGCGCACAGCCAUCUGGGAAUGGCAGAAGUUUACUCUGUGGUAUGAAGUUAUUGGACUGUGUGUUCUCAGAUGAAGUGUUUGUCUUUGUGAAAUGGAAAAGUACGAAAAAAUAAGAGUAGUUGGGCGUGGUGCUUACGGUACAGUUCACCUGUGCUGCAGACUUAGUGACAGGAAGCUGGUAAUCAUCAAACAGAUUCCAGUAGAGCAGAUGACAAAAGAAGAAAGACAGGCAGCACUGAAUGAAGUGAAAGUGUUAUCAAUGUUGCACCAUCCUAACAUCAUAGAAUACUAUGAAAAUUUUCUGGAAGACAAGGCCCUCAUGAUUGUAAUGGAAUAUGCACAAGGUGGCACACUCUUGGAGUAUUUGCAAAGUCGAAAUGAAAACUUGCUUGAAGAAGAAGAGAUUCUAAAGUUCUUUGCACAGAUGUUGUUAUCCUUGCAACAUGUACAUUCUAAGCAGAUUCUGCAUCGUGACCUAAAGACUCAGAACAUACUGCUUGAUAAAAAGAAGGAGAUUGUUAAGAUUGGAGACUUUGGCAUUUCAAAGGUCCUCAGCAGCAAGAGCAAGGCAUACACGGUUGUGGGCACACCUUGCUAUAUUUCUCCUGAACUCUGUGAGGGAAAACCCUACAACCAGAAAAGUGACAUAUGGGCCCUUGGCUGUGUCUUAUAUGAGCUGGCCAGUCUGAAAAGAGCAUUUGAGGCAGCAAACUUACCAGCCUUGAUUUUAAAGAUUAUGCGUGGGACAUUCUCACCAAUCUCAGACCAAUACAGUGAGGAGCUUCGUUCACUGAUCUUAAGCAUGCUGCACUUAGACCCUGCACGUCGACCUCACAUCAACCAGAUCAUGGCCUGUCCUAUAAUUAUCAAUGCUCUCAUUAAUCUUCACACAGACACAGGCAAGGUCGCAUGUGUGAGAGUACACCGGCCUCUUUCAAACUUGCCUGGAAGCAGCAGAAGCAGAACCUCAGUGCGUGGUGUAGGCCUGGCUCGUGAUGGAAUGGUUGGUAAGCCUCGAGCUCUCAGUUCUGUGUUGUGCUGGGGUGGAGGUCUGACACAACCUACACGUCUGCCUCUACCUUCUCCUGACACGCAAGUGGUCCAGGUUGCAGCAGGUCGCACUCAGAGGGCUGCUGUUACAAAGCAUGGUCGUCUUUUUGUUUGGGAGCCAGUUGGCAUGGGAGGAGAGAUUGCAUUGCCUGGAGCUCUGGACAGUGGUCACUCAGCCUUAAUUCCACGGUAUCUGGAGGGCCAGGCAGCAGUCACCAUACAGCAUGUGGCGUGUGGAGACUUGUUCACUGCUUGCCUGACAGACAGGGGCAUCUUAAUGACUUAUGGCAGUGGGGUACAUGGAUGUCUUGGGCAUGGAAAUUACAGUGAUGUGACACAGGCUAAGAUUGUAGAAGCACUCCUUGGCUAUGAAGUGGUACAAGUGUCCUGUGGAGCCUCUCAUGUGCUGGCUGUCACAAAUGAGCAUGAAAUAUUUGCUUGGGGACGUGGAGAUAAUGGUCGUCUUGGACUUGGUAACGAAGAAUCUUCACCAGCCCCACAACCAGUGGCAGUUCCAGAUGACGUGCGCCCUUGCUCUGUCCAUUGUGGAGUUGAUUGCUCAGUCAUCAGAACACUAGAUGGAGCACUGCUAUGUUGUGGAAGCAAUCGGAAUAACAAGCUUGCUCUGGACCAGAUUACUGCAGAAGGUGUGCUAGAGCGGCUAGUGGAGGAGGUGCAUGUCUUGACUCCUGUUGCUUCAGCCCCCAUCAGCAACAUGCAGGUGCAAGUUGUAGCUGUGGGUACAUCCCACACUGCUGUUGUUAAUGCAGAAGGCAAGUGCUAUACCUUUGGCUCCAACCAGUUCAGACAGCUGGGUUUUGACAAGGAGCCACAGGACCGCAGGCCUGGGCUGUUGCGAGCCCUUACUUCCUACAGUAUCACUACUGUUGCAUGUGGGGAUACUUUUACAGUGGCUGUGACAGAUGCUGGGGAUAUUUUUUCGUGGGGUAAAAGUGCUCGAGGAAGGCUUGGGCGUCUAGAUGAUGAGCCUGGAGUCCCUAAAAAAGUUGCCAUCAAUGGUGAAGAUCCCUUCAGCAUUGUGUCCAUUUCUUGCAGUCAUGGUAACACACUAGUGGCAAUCAGACCAAUACUUCGAUCUGGCAGCCCUAUUGAAUAGAUUACUAAUUUAAAAAAAAGAACUCUUUUCUAACAUUAAUUGUCACUUCAUCUGAAUGGCACAGUUGUCCAAGUAAUGGACAGGUUUGAUGAACUUAAAACUUGAAGGGAGUUGAAACCAUAUAUAACAGAAGAGAGCUCAAGUGAUAGCAUAAAGAUGAGCUGUCAAGUGUGAGUUCAUGGUAUGAUUAUACCAUCUGUUUUCAACCAGAUACCACUGGAUGUGAAAGAGGUCCUUACAGCAUUUCUGUGAUUCUGCUUUAUAUGCACGCAUAAUGCUAAAAACAUGAUUUUAAAUACACUCACUAAUGCUUUAAGCCUUAAACAUUUUGGAAAUUACUGCUGCUGUUUGUUGACAAAUGUACUAGUCCUAUAAUUUUGUUAUUUACUGAUGUUGAUGGACUCUUUUUGUCCAAGGCAAUUGUAAAACUUUUUAGUGAUUUGUAUUUUUUAUUAUGUAGGAGAGCACCUAAACAAAAUUAGUUAUAUUUGAAUUUCUGAUCAGCUCACUUCCGUCCAACAUAUAUGAAGGUUGUUUUAUGAAGGGGGAUUUUUUUGUAUGUGUUUAUGCAGAGUUUUACAGCUUUUUAUGUAAAUUCAUUUGAUUAGACACAAGGGAGAAAUAAUGUCUCCUGUCUCCAUAGAAACCACUGCAGUAUUGUGUUCUGGAACAGGUUGUAAAAAGGUAUUAAAUGUUCUGAGUUGUUUACUUGUAAAUUUGAACAUUUUUUUCAUCAUUAUAUUAUGGGGAUUUUUUAUUUUUAUUUUUUUACUGGAGAUGCAAGCAGCCUUUAGGGAGAGAACUCAUGGACUUUGAAAUGCUUCCAAGUUAAACUAUAUAAGUGAAAGUCUAUCCACAUGUUGACCAAUCAAAAAUGUAUUCAUUCAUUUUA